ACGCACAGACGCACAGACUCACGCACAGACUCACGCACAGACGCACGGGGGGUCUUUCCUCACAGACUUCCUCGCAACAGAUGUGUCCACCGUUUGAGUAGAGCCCGCUAACAACAACAAAAAAACAUUACAAAAAUGAAGAACAGGCGGAAACAUGUCGUGCUGCUGUGGAUGCUGGUGUGCUCUGGAUUGGCUGAAGCUAUCGAGCCCAUAAGCACCAGCAUCGCCGUGGGCAUGGCUGCAGCUCUCACGGGCUUUUUGGCCACGUACCCCAAUAUUCUCUACUAUUUCCACGAGCGCUGUCGACCGGAGUGGAUUUCUUUCAACAAAACAGGUCUUGAAUUGGACCUAGAUAAAAAACUAUUUGGGCAGCAUAUUGCAUCGCGGAUCAUCACAAAAGCUGUAAAUGGGUUUAUGAACAACGAUAACCCAAAGAAGCCCCUGGUUCUCUCACUACACGGAUGGACUGGGACGGGAAAGAACUUUGUCAGUAAAAUGAUUGCAGAAAACUUCUACAAGGAGGGAAUGCACAGCAGUUUUGUGCACGUUUUCACUUCUGAACUACAUUUCCCACACGCUAGUCAAAUCGAGACUUACAAGUCUCAGCUACAGCAGUGGAUCAAAGGCAAUGUCACCAACUGUGCCCAGUCCAUGUUUAUUUUUGAUGAGAUGGAUAAAAUGCACCCCGGUUUGAUUGACAGCAUUAAGCCUUAUCUGGAUUAUUAUGACAAACUGGAUGGAGUGUCCUAUCGAAAAGCCAUCUUUAUCUUUCUCAGCAAUGCUGGCGGGGAGAGUAUAAUACAGACAGCACUAGAUUUCUGGAAGGCUGGUCGGGACAGAGAAGAUAUUGGUCUUAGUGAUCUGGAAACUGCACUCUCUUUAUCUGUGUUCAAUAACAAGAAAAGUGGCCUGUGGCAUACAAGUUUGAUUGACAAGAACUUGGUGGACUUUUUUGUUCCUUUUCUUCCAUUGGAAUACAAGCAUGUGGUUCAGUGCGCCAUGGCUGAGAUGGAAGCCAGAGAUUUAAAACCAGACAUGUCUAUCGCAGUCCAAGUGGCUAGAGAUUUACUUUACUUUCCCAAGACUGAGAGAGUGUUCUCAGUCACAGGCUGCAAGACAAUAAUUAGUAAACUGGACUACUAUGUGUAAUUGUCUUAGAGAUGCCAAAAGUCACUACAUGCACUUUUAAAUGAGAGGCUUUCUGCCACAGCAUCACAAGCUAGUGGAGGCUUCUGUCCAUUGUGUUGAGGACAAGGGGUUUUGUCUAAAUAUUACUGAACCUUUUAUGUCCUAAGUCUUUAAAGCUGAUGAAAGAAGUGGCUCAUUUAACAGAGGAUCUGUAUCUGGGUCACAGUUGCUUUAAGUCUUGCAGACAGCCUUGUUUUAAAUGUUAUGUCUUUUAGUUUACUGGAGGGGGGAGAAAAACCCCGUGUUCAAUUUUUAAAUCUACUGAAUAGUUUUACACUGACUACUGACUCAUUGGUAGUAACAGAAAAAUUGUUGAUAAUUUUGUGUAAACAUUUAAAUGAUUGGAUUUGAAUUACAUUUUAAAGCUGAUAUUUUGUGACAACAUUGAUUUUAAAAGUCUGCAUUUUACUCUUCUACACUUGUACUUUGUCUUUUUGAUACAAUUGCCAUGUAUGUAAAAUGCUAUUGGCCUUUUAUACUGUUUUAUACGAGAGGGGCCUUGAAAAAUAUUUUGUGGAUGUUGAUGUUAACAAGAACCUGUGAUGUCCACAAAUCAAAAUAAAUACAAUUUAAAAAGUUGUGUUUGAGUUG